AUGGCCGAUGGCUGGGACCUGCGCUACACGUACUCUGAGGGCCGACCCAAAGUUUAUGGUCUGCACCGGGCACCUGAGCGCGCAGAGAAAGAGGAGGAGAUGCUGGAGGCCUUUCGCCAGGAGAUCCCCUCUCUACCGAGACAGCGGCCGCCCUUUUCAUGGCAGGCCGCACGAGAUUUCCAGAGGGAGUUCGACGUUAGUGGGGAAGAGAAUGAGAUUGUCACCAAAGUUGGUGAUUUCAAGGAAUCCCACUGGGCAGUCCCAAUUGCCGGGACGCUGAAGCUUUUCAAGGGCUGCAUCUACCGCUGGACCCUCCGACUGGAGCACAUCUGCUCCACCCGACCAGAAAUGCAGAUCGGAGUUCAUGCGAAAGACCAUCGGCGUCCCUGGCGGCUGAUGACAACUACUCGCUGUUCCCGUGCUCGUGACGAGGAUCCUUGGCAAGAGCGUCCAGGCCAUUGCCGCAACCUCCAGUGCUUCAACUUGCCCUUUCUGCAGACCUGCAGUUUCCGUCCGACAACAAGACUGAUGCUCAGCAUGGCCUCGGGCACUGAAGCCAUGGAGAACGCUGCAUGGAUCGACUGUGAGAAGAUUGACCAGCUGCUGCACCAACACAUUCGAGUCUUGGUGAGCGUGGACGGCUCGGACCAGUCGUCGUGCGCUUUCGAAUGGGUUCUCCAUGGCUUCACACAAAGCGACCGCGAAACAGAUCUUCUUAUCGUUCACUACUAUGACGACACGAAGGAGUACCUCCCACCAAAGUGGCGGAGAAAUGCCAUCCAAGCAGAUGCAGAAGCCAAGUGCACUUCUUACUUGGUUUCAAAACGAUACGCUAUCAGUGUUCGUCAAAGAAGUCCCGGGGUAAAGAUUGGCGUCCUCCUUUGCCAGGACAUCAAGGACCAGGGCACGAGCUUCUGUGUGAUGGGCUUCGCGGGACGCAAAGGUAAGGACAGGCACAUCAUGGGCUCCAAUGUCCUGGAGGUGAUGCAGCGGGGCAAGUGCAGUUGUGUCGUGUUCAAAGAAGCCGACCCAAGCAAGUUGCCGCUCAAGCGGCCAGCGAAGUUCGUCGUGUCCACUGGUCUAAACCCUGCGGCCACGAAAGCUUUCAUAGAUGCGCUCCGCCUAUCUCGCCCAGGAGACCACAUCCACGUGGUCUACAUCCGACCCUACCUGGAGCCACACUCGAAGGAGAGCAAAGUCACGCAGGCGAUCCGGAACAAGUACGACUCCAUCUUCGAAGGCAUGCAAGACGCCGCAGCCUGGCCGAGCGGGAAGAUGGUGAAGUUUAAGGACCGGGUUGUGAAGCUGGUCUUUGCACCGCAAGGCAUCAAUGAGGGCAUCGCCCAGGCGCUGGUGCGAUAUGCAAACAACUUCGAGGCGGACUUCGUCAUGGUUGGUACAAACGUUCUGCGAGUGGAGAAAGGGAAGCCGCCGCUGGGUUCGGUGUCCUUACAGAUAGUCAUGGAGUUUCCUGGGAACUGCGUUGUCAGCAGCUUCAAUCCAGACACGGAUGCAGCUGUCACGACAAAGUGA